UUCAUGGAAAUUAAAGGGAAUAAGUAGCUGGAAAAAUAGACUUAGCAAAGACUAGUGGUGUGUAGAAGUUCCAUCAACUGAAUCUGCUGGCUGCACUCCCCUUAUAUAUAUAUAGUUUAUGCAUCAAAAGUUAGAUCCUCACAUGAACUAUAGAGCAUCAAUCAACACAAAGGCUACAUAAAAUGGAAGAAAAAAUUCAAACAAUGAAAUUGCUAGAACUUGAUGAAAGGCCACCAUAUGAUGAUAACAAUAAAGAUCUACAAAACAAGAUCGAUGAACCCUCUUCCUUCCAUAAGAAUACUCCAGGAUCUACUCUUUUAUUAAGUUUAAGCCUUAAUAACACAACACAACCUCCCCAUCAAAUUCAAGGAGAGCCCCAAAUCCAAAUUGGCAAUAUACGAGUGAAGCUUGAUGAAGCAAAGAAGGAGAAUGAAAAUUUAAGAGGUAUGCUAAAUCUGGUCAACGAUCGAUGCAAUGUUCUUCAGAAUCGUUUACUUUUGGCUAUGCAUAUGCAUCAAUCAUCUUCAUUGUCUCAAAAUAAUCACAACUUGCUGCUGAAGGAAAAUACACAAGAUGCGGGGAAAUCAGUGUUACCUACUCGGCAGUUCUUUGAUGAGCCUUCACCUUCAAAUUGUAGCAAAAAUAAUGGAUUUGCCAUAGUGGAAAACAAUGAAAACAACAUGGGAAGAAAUCUUGCAUGUGAAUACAUUAAUGAAGGUGAAAUAAAUAGCAAAAUAGAGGACCAAUCAUCUGAGGUUGGAUGCAGGAGAGCUAGAGUGUCCAUUAGGGCACGAUCAGAUUUUGCAUUUAUGGUUGAUGGGUGUCAAUGGAGAAAAUAUGGACAAAAGACGGCCAAGGGAAACCCUUGUCCACGAGCCUACUAUCGUUGCAGUAUGGGAACUUCAUGCCCAGUUCGAAAGCAGGUUCAAAGGUGUUUUAAGGAUGAGAGUGUGUUCAUCACAACCUAUGAAGGAAACCAUAAUCAUCAACUUCCACCAGCAGCAAAACCAAUAGCAAACCUAACAUCAUCAGCACUCAACACAUUCCUUCCUACCUCAUCAACAACUUUACAACAAUAUGGCAACAAUCUAACAAACACAUUCCUCUUCUCUUCACCAUUAUCUCCACCAAACUCAAAUGCUAUAGCUACUUUCUCUCCAUCUCCAACAUGCCCUACAAUUACACUUGAUUUUACACUCCCUCCAAGUAACUAUUUACAAUUCAAAAAUCAUAAACAAUCAUCAUUGCUCCCUUUUCCAUUCCAAGGUCAUUACAAUCAAUCAUUUGAGGUGUUUCCAAAUAUGAUAAAUAAUGAGAGAAAACUUGCUUUGGUUGAUGUUGUGAGUGAAGCUCUAGAGAAAGAUCCUUCUCUAAAGGAAGCAUUGUUUUCAGCCAUGUCUUCAUUCACAAAUGGAGAUUCUUCAAAUAUUAUUAAUAAGCAAAGCCAAUUACCUAGUAAGAGUAGUGGUUAGUUAUAAAAAGUUGGGACUCGGAUCCUCUCCCAUCGUAUACAACGGUGCAGCAAACAACGUGGGAGAGGAUCGGAAUCCAAAAAAUUGUCAUAAAAUUAAUAAUCAAGCAGUAAAUGUGGCUUGUGUACUAGAUGAAUAGGUGAAUGUAUAUACAUACAUAUAUACAUGUAUAGGUAAGUUUUUUUUUGAGAAAUCUACAAUAUCUUUACUCCAAGACAUUAAUCUAUCUUGGCACAAUAUAUAAAUUAUUGAAGAUUUUUUGGUUCUUUGUCAUGUAAUAUUACUUUGUAAGAACAAAGGAAGCAUGCAUGUGUCUCAUUAGUAUCACUUUUUGUUUAUAUCCUUUUUGAGCUUUUAAUUGUGAGAAUGAUUCACAGUCUA